AUGGCGACUGCAUACAAGAUCCAAGUCCCAGUGACAAACACAGGACUGUGGAGGUUCAAGCAGCAAGACGCCACUGCGAACAAGGUCUCUGAGCUUUUGCAAGAGGACCUAAAGAAACACCACGUCUUCUUCAACCAGGAUGGCUUCCACAACCAUAUCCCUCAUCAUGUCCUAGCCCUCUAUGGAACCGGCGCCGGCCCAGACGCCAUUCAAAUGGCAUACAACGAAAACGCAAACUACCAGAGACCGGCCAAGGAAAGCCACGCCAGCAUUGCGGACGAGCUGCACGACUGGGAAAAGACCAAGAAGUACCUGGGCCGGGAGAAGCACUACUCUGACUUCCUACUUUUCUACCAGCGCGAGAUCGAGAGACUGGGCUGGGAGGCGACGCUGAACGAGCACCUCUUCAAGGGUGACGAGCGCGCCAACGACAUGUUCCAGCGCAUGUUCGCCGGCUUCCUGCACCCCAUCAUCCAGCUCAUGUACGGCGUUGAGUGGGAGCAGCCCGCCAUCGUCGCCGAGGGCCUGGCCCAGGCCGCCGUGCACAAGAACCAGCUCAAGGACUUCUUUGACGAGACGGAAAAACGUGCGAAGGAGACUGCAAAGACGCCGAUGCCGCAAAUCGCGGAGCUCAUUGAGGAAAUUCGUGGCAACCAGAAGCUGGCCAAUGCGGUGGAGAUGAAGGAUGCGAACAAGGUUUUUGACGGUGUCUUGAAGCGCGCACCUGAGGAGAUGCUCAGGAUUGCGAGCAAGGUCAAGGUCCUGCCCGAGGAGUUGGAUGAGAGGACGGCCGAGAUGUUCCAUAUUGCCUUUCUCGUCGCCGGUGGUGCAGCUCUUCACCCGGGAAAGGAGGCCAAGUGGGAUUUCUUCUUAAUCCAUCACACAAACUCGGCGCCCAUCUUCCUCAGUUUCAACUCCAAGCACUGGAUCUCGACAGAGAACAAGGUUCGUAUGCUUGAGCACAAAAUCCGGAUGGACCUCGUCCAGUACGCAGCACGCGGCUGCCCGCAGCUCCGCCUGGACGAAGUCAAGGCAUACAGACCGAGGGACAAGGAUCAGGGCAAAGAGCUGGUUUCGAAGCCGUCAGAUGCUGACAAGGGCGCAGACCUCCUCCCGAGAUUCCAUGCCAUCCCUGACGAUGGCCAUACGAUCAAGGUAGUAAGGGCACUUGGUAUCUGCCACGAACUAUCUUCCAGGUAUGGUGACAAGCCCUGGAUCAAGAUCAAGGGCGACGACGAGUGGCUCAACCUGUCCUACAUGCUUUUGGACGGGACGGAGCACUCCGGGACGAGAUGGGUCCGCUCCGCCGGUCUUGAGGAAGCAUGGAAGGAUAUUCCCGCUCGCGAUUGA